ACUACGCACUUAUAAAGCAAUGCAGUUUCCAAUAACGUUAAUACUUCCAUUUCUUCUGUUUUUGGGUAUAUUUUAUAAAUCAGAAGCUCGAACUCCUAAACUAUGUAAUAUAGCUUAUGAUUGCACUAAUGAAGAAAACCCUGUUUGGGCAACGACUAAUGGACAAUUUUGUGAAGUAUUUCGAAAUGAAUGCAUUCGUUUGAGUGAAAACUGCAAUCGUGUCAAUACAAAUCGACCAGAAGCAAAGAGGAUAUCUAGAAGGAAAUGUCAAGAGCUGUGUCGUUCUCAAGUGUGUUUGACAGUUUAUACACCAGUUUGUGGGAUUUACAAUAAUAAAAAACGUACUUUUGGUAAUGACUGUGAGAUGAGUAGAUAUAUAUGCAAAACUGGUCAAACAUUCAGCCUUUAUAAACGAGGAGCUUGUGAAAAGGGUCGUCUUGAAUAAAGCAAAAAGGGUAUAGUUAAGUUUGCAAGAAGAAAAAGAACAUCCAAGCUGUAAACUACUGGAUAUGGAGCUGUGUUAAGUAUUCAAUAAGCAUUCUUUUAAGUGUCAGAAAUGUUCUAAAUUGUAAUCCGAAGGAAGAAAUGAAA